AUGAAGCUUUUCGGUCUUAUCGCAUCGGCUAACGCCAUGCUUCGAACUUCCAGCCCCGAGUGUGCUGAAGUUGGCAAGCCAAACUUCUGCAAGGAUGUCUUGACCUACACCACACGAACAAACUCGUGGACCUGCAAGGAUUGCUUCAACAUCCGAGUUGAAGUCAACCUCAACGCCAUCGGUGCCGUCGGUGACUAUUGGGAUAACCGCGAUCACGUCUUCCUCGCUUUCGACAAUGAUGUUUCCUUCAUCAAGGUCGCCGGACCCGGCGACAACGUCGUCCAACUAGACCGAGACGAUGACGGCAACCAGGUCUGGCGAGUCGACUUCCAAUCCACCUUCAACCCUGGAGAUCGACGAAUCGACAUCAACAUCGAGUUCAAAGAAGCCGACGCUCCAUCCAACCUUGUCAAGGCCGAUCUCUGCCCCUUCUGCUUCAAGGACACCGUCGUCGCCGAUCCUUGCGACUCUUCCUGGCUCGUUGCCAACGUCGAUGAAGUCAGUGAGCCUUCCCAGGGAGAAUGGAACUGCGCCAAGGUCAGAAAGUUCGAAAAGAUGAACCGAUGCCAGUUCGUUUGCAAUGCCGGCACUCCUGAGGAAUACUCUGCUGGUGGAUUCGCCAAAUGCUUCCGAUACGAAGACCACAAGAAAUUCUCCAAUGGAUGGAUGCUCCCAAAGAACCGAGAACUCAGCUGUGAUAACUGA